AAACAGACAUUCUUCAUCUCAACCCAUCUGCUAUUGCGUCUACCUAUUCCAGCUCUGCAGCUUUUUAAAAGUUGUUUUUUUUUCCAAUGAUCAUUUUAAAAUAUAUUAUGAUUUAUUUAAGCAUUGAGCUUAUAUCAGGCACUCUAGGGUUUCAAAAAAUCGAGUGUGCAAAUUAUUCUGCAUCUGUAACAGUAGUCCCACAUAUUGAUGGUCCAACUCAGUUGAUUUUAGACUUUCGACUGCUAUCCGAAGAGCAGCUUUGUCACAGUCGAAGAAAAAUUCCGAAAUUUCAUAAACUUCAUAUUAGCCCCGCGAGCUAUGUCACAACAUGUGAACAGUGCCCACAGUGUUAUUUCACAUUUCCAAUGCAAUUUGAACUUCCGAUAUCUUGGUCCAUAGAUCGAUUAUUCGUUGUCACAAAGUCACAACCUCAUCACCAAUCAGCUACAGAUGUUCCAAUUCAUUAUGUGAUUGUUGACAAAAUGCCACCAAUUGGUUCUUCUCUUCGAAACUGUAGAAUACACGUUCCCAGCAUGAUUCCACCGAUUUCCGACAAUUUUCAAAUUAAAUUUCUUGCUGGUUUCUUCAUUUCAGCGUUUGGUGUUAUGUUGUUGAUCAGGUGUUUUUGUAUCAAAACUAGAUAAAUAUCAACUACUUUUAUU